ACCGGUGACAUUAUGGAGUUUUUUUCUGAAAGAGCUUUGCCUUGGCAUCGAUAUCUUUUCUCUCCAGAGUCAGAUUACUGAUUAGCACAACGGCUCACAGCUACAGUACCAGUAACGACUGUAGACAGUAGUAUCCACGGUAAUUAUUUUGUAUGUUAGGAGACACAGUCAUACCAAUUGCUGUGUUCUGAAUUCUGAUACAUUAUACAAUCAUUGCGGGUAUUAUUUUACACCACAAUUGAGAAACGACGGUGUUCAAGUAUCGGCAAACCAGGAGGUUGCCAAGGGAACCAGUGGAACACAGCAUCAUCUGUUUCACUGCUGGCUUCGGUACUGAUUUUAAUACCGCAAAUGGCAGCAAAGAAUGCUGCACAGGCCCAGCAGCAACUGCAAGGCAAGGAUGAUCAGCCUGUGCUACGCGUCUUGUCAUGGAACAUUGACGGACUAGAUAAUGGCCUAGACAUUGCCGUUCGCACACGUGCUGUCUGUGACGUCAUCGAGAGGGAAAAGCCGGCGGUCGUGCUGCUGCAGGAAGUGGUGUCGGAAUCGAUGAUUAUUCUAGCCGAAAGACUGGCCACGUCGUACAGCAUUCUUGCACCAUCUGCCGAGCGAUCGCACUACUUCGUAGCCAUUCUCCUCAGGUUUGAUGCAUGUGAUGUGGCUAAGUCCAAUCACAAAGUCGUUGAUUUCCCACAGUCACGCAUGGAUCGUAAUCUCUUGGUGGCCACUGACAUUGUUGUGCUGAGGACACAGCAUCGCUUGGCUGUAUGCACAUCACAUCUCGAGAGCCUAGCAAAUAGCUCGGCGGAGCGCAAGUCCCAGCUGAGCGCAGUGUACCAGCAAAUGGUUUUGCUUGCUGUCUCGCACAACACGGUGCUAUUUGGUGGCGACACCAACCUGCGCAAGGCAGAAGUGCAGGCAUGCCGCGCCCCGGCCUGCAUUCGCAAUGCUUACGAAGCAUGCGGUGAGCCACCAGAUGCCCGCUACACAUUUGACGUGAAAACCAAUGAUAACGUGAUGCAGAAAGGCUGGGUGGGUGCACAGAUACGGACACAAUACGACAAGAUGUUCUGGGCUAGUGGGCAGCCUUGCGACAGUCCGCAGAAGGCACUAGUCCCAAAGACGUUUCGACUCGUCGGCACACAGCGACUUGCGGAAGGGUAUUUCCCCAGCGAUCACUAUGGUAUCUUGUGUGAUCUGGAGUCUUCUUGACUGAUUCCACCAUCGCUAUGGUAAUCAGUGAUACUUUAGCUAGUUAGGUAUUUUCAAUAUUCCAGGGUGGCAGAAGCACACUGUUACUCAAUGUCGUUGAUGUACAUGCAGACCUACAUUGUAAUCUUUCCACUACCACUAUCCAUGCGCAAACAGAUUCAAACAUGCUGUUCCCUCUGGUAGGACGUUUUAUUUCAAGUUUUUAUUCUCACUUUUCUGAAUAUUCCGGUAGUUGAUUAUUUCUCUUGUUUACUCUUGAGUGAUAUUUAUAAAUCCAACUGAUAUUGAUGAUGACCAUCGCAAGAAAACCUCAUCGGAUGCAACAAA